CAACGUAAAGAGGAAGGAGAAAACAUAAACAGCAAACAGUUUAAUGUAACUGGGAAACCGAAGGGGCAGGAAUGUUAUCAAAAAAUAAAGUUAAUCACUACGUUGGUGAAGUAAUGAGAAGAUGGCAAAAAUUACAUGAGACAUCUAACACGUUCGCAUAUCAAUUAAAUGUGCAAGAGAGUAAAUACUUGGAGGGAUCCAAUUGCAUUUAUUCAGAGUUGAAUCCUGAACGCACCACCUUAAGGCGAGCACCACAAGUCAUCCAAUCAUUGAAUCCUGUCUUCGAAGAAAAUAAAUUUAAUUUUAAAAAAAUUCCUCAACAGGAGCUUUUAAUGAUUUUACCUUACGACGGAAUAGAAGUAUCAAUAAUCAUUAACAAAAGCCCUUUAACGCUAUACCACAGCUUAAUUUGUCCUGAUGUGCAGAAUGGUCUCGCACAACGUGUGACUUUAGACACUUUACGGUUCUGCAGAGAUUUCUUAUUGUCUAUAGAGGACGAUCGCGGUUUUCGUAUCGGUUACAAUAGCCCCGGAGCACUGGCGUCAGUUAAUCAUCUGCAUAUGCAUUUAAUAAACAUCGAAAAGGAUUUAUAUAUAGACAACGCGGAAUUGGAUACUUUGUGUGAAGAUGAUGUCUUCCGUUUAAAUAGCUCGAUGCCCACCCAGGCGGUAUGUUGGAUUUUCAAUCAAAGGGACUCUGUAACACAAAUGGAAAACAAAACAAGGAAGCUUUAUGAAUUUCUCGAAUGGCUGUGUACUGAAAAUACGCCACAUAAUAUAUUUAUGACACCUGACCGGGUGAAGUCGCAGAAACGUUUAAAAAUAUUCAUAUAUCCGCGUGAAAAUUUUUGUGUCGUCAAAGACUUCAAAGCAUUCAACGUAGGAUUCUGCGAAAUGUCGGGUUAUGUGCCAGUCGGCGAUAAGCAACUUUUUGAUCAAUUAACUGAAACGCAGGUUUUUAAACGAAUCGAUGAAGAAAUUGGUUUAAUUUUCCCAAAAAUCAUUAAUUAUUUUGAAUCAGGAAGAACAUAAAAAUACGAA